AUGAUUGUCGCUCACGCUCCAAAAACUUAUUUCGGUUCAGGAGAUAUACAAAAAUCAUUGAGUUCUCUUCCUGGAUUUCCAUGGGCGAAAUAUCCCGGAGAAAAACAUCUUCCCGGUCAUAAUUACACUGGUCCAGUUGGAGAUCGAGUUCGUAUUUUCAAAUAUAAAAGUAAAUUAGAAAAAGGUUACGUUGGAUACUGGACAAACGAAAUAUUCAUCGUUGAUAAAGUAAACACCACAUCACCUCCAACAUAUGAAUUAAUCGAUCAAGACAAAGAACAAAUCAUAGUUGAGUUUAGGAAAACAGUUCGAAGAAAUUGUAAUAAAUUUAACUCAUUAAAAAUGGCGAACAAGUUUGGAUUAGGUUCUUUAUCUUUAAAAACCAAAAAACCUAACACUACAGCGUGGAUAAAUAAAGCAAAUCCUUACUUUGUGGAUCAAAUCGGAGACACUCUUCAAGGUGAUUUAGAUAUGAACAAUUUUAGCAUAACUAAUUUAAAGUCUCCGGAAAACGAUAAUGAUGCCAUUCACAAGAAAUAUUUACGGGAACAAAUAAAUUCAAUUGAAGUAAAUAAAAACCAUUUAGAAGAUAAAAUAAGUAAUGUGAAAAGAUUCUUCAUACGUCAACUAAAUAAUAAAAAUUUUGUUAAUGAUACUAAACUACAACAAGAGUUAAAAGUUGAUUCAAUAUUUUUCACACAAGGAUCGCCAUCAUCUAAUAAAUUUAACGCUCGUGAAGUUCUUCAGUUUAUCAAUGGUAGAGUCAAUGUAGAAACUAAAGAAUAUGAAAGUAACGACGAAAAUAACAAGGUUGAUCACUUAUAUGAAAUUAAAACGAGUGGAAAAUAUAUAGAUAGGUUUAGAUUGUUAAUCAUACCAGAUAAAAAAAAUGAUAUUUUUACAUUAGAUGAAUUUAAUAUGAUAUUGGAAACGGAAAGUCCACCAUCAAUGAAUAUUAUUAAAAAUCCAGAACCACAAAAAGAAGGAAAUAUGAAAUACGAGCAACAGACUUUGAAUACGUAA